GUUUUUGGGCUCGUUUUGAUGGGAUUCCGCGGCAACACAGUCCACGAACUGGCAACUCUGCCACAACUGCUGCAGUGCUGCUUUUGUUUACAAGCUGCGGCCGCGGAGAGGGAACGUGAGGGGACGAGGUGCAUCUCACUGCCUCUGUCUGUUUCCAGUUCAAAGGAACGUCUGCUGUGCCACUGCAAUGGGUCGCCGCAAGUCAAAGAGAAAGCCGCCCCCAAAGAGGAAGAACAUCCAGCCUCUCGACACACAGUUUAAUUGCCCAUUCUGUAACCAUGAGAAGUCCUGUGACGUCAAAAUGGAUAAACCAAGAAACGCUGGGAGAGUCUCUUGCCGAGUUUGCCUGGAGGACUUCCAGUGUUCUAUAAACUAUCUCUCGGAGCCUGUGGAUGUGUAUAAUGAAUGGAUUGAUGCUUGUGAAACUGCCAAUUGAUGUGAGGUGCUUCCUCAUCAGCUGUAGUUGAAUGAAUGUGUGUGUGUGUGUGUGUGUGUGAGAGAGAGAGAGAGAGAGAGAGAGAGAGAAUGUUACCUAUACUAACGGGCAGCAGAAUUGGGUAGUAAUAUUCCAGGGCAUUUUUCUAGAGUAUGUUCCACUUUUAAAGAUACUGUGUUGAUCUUUAUUUUCUAUCUAAUUUGUGUAAUGUAAGGAAGGGUCCCAUAUGUCAUCACAAGGAAGUUUUGGACAUGUAACCAUAGUUAUUAUGUUGGAACUCAACCAUUGUUUAUUACCAGAUAUUAGAACCAAUAGGAAUUCAUCAUGUUUGUCUGUUGUUGGAUCAGAACCAAUUGUUAGAAUCAUGCAAUUGUAAUGACUAAAGAGUUAUCAUUCUCAUGGUAUUGGUAUUGAUAAUGUUAAUUUUGUUCAAGUGCAUGCAAAAAUACAUUUCAAGCCUGGCAUCUAUCAAAACUAAAAGCUUAAUAUAUGUAAAAGUUGAAUAUCCAUUUAUAGUGAGAUAUGCAUGUUGAAAAUGUAUGUAUAAAGAGAAAAGUUAGAUCUAUAAUGAACUAAUGAAUAGGUUAAUUACCUAAGAAUUGUGGCACUUGCAUGUUGAAAGUGGAUAUGAAAAAAAAAAGCUACAUUUACAAUUGCUUUAUAAAUGUGAAUAGCCUGCCUAAGUUAUGUAAAAGCUUAACUUGUAAAAUCCCAAAAUUUAUCAAGUCCUCAAUAUCUCCAAAUUUGGUAUGAAUGGAUUAAACCAUAAGAAAAUAAGGGAAGCUGCAAGAAGCCAUCAUAUGAAUGCAUGAAACUUUGUAUUUCAUUUGAGCUACCUUGAAUUAAAAAAGGUUUGAAUAUUUAGCAACUCUUAUCAGUGAUGUCCAUUAUUGAAUACAUUGAUUUCCACUUGAUUUUAUUCAAGAAGUUAUUACAGUCAAAGUUAAGUUUACGCCAGGCAGUAGUGAUUGGGAAGGUCCAGGAUGGCAGAGGCUACCUACUACAUAAAAACACAGGAAAGUAUGGGAAGCUGCAGGAAGCCAUGAAGUCCAUACAUUGCACCUCCUGUGGCAGAAAUGUGUAUAGAUACCAAAGCACCUAUAUUAAAUAGGUAAAUAGGAGUGUGGCUCACAGCUUUACUGUAAUGUGAAUAGAAUGCUGGCCUGUAAUUAAAUAUUCCAAAUAAAGUGGGGACAGAACA